AUGGUCACCCAGAAAUGCCUGGGGAUGCAGGAUAAGCGCUUGGCCCGCAGGGGACUCACUCCCUGGCUCGCUUUGCUCAUUUAUAAAAUCCUGUCAAAUCAAUACAUCAAACGCUUGUGCAACAAUGCUAGCCAUGUUAUUUUCUUUUCGAAAUUCUGUAUCAAAUCAACAGACAGCACCACUCUCGCCGAGGCGCAAGCGAUGCAAUUCGUAUCCGAGGUUACAACCAUCCCAGUUCCUCGAGUAUACUGUGCCUUUGAGCACAACGGUCGAGUCUACAUUCUUAUGGAGAGAAUACAAGGCCAGAGCCUAUGGAAUGGAUGGGGUCAGCGUCCACCAGAGUCACGAACCCGGAUACUAGAUCAGCUUCGAUCGAUGCUUGCAGAACUCCGAAGCCUCCAACAACCAAAGAACAGCAUGGAUGUUUCAAAUAUUGUUGGUGGACCCAUCUAUGACCAACGGCUUCCCACAAAGUCAAUAUGGGGCACAUUCCGAACAAUUGGCGAAUUUCACCAAGCACUACGCAACGGCAUUAAACCCGAAGACAUCUCACAUGACGGUGCCCCAGAAGACCUUCGAAGUCUCAUAUCUUUCCAUGAAAAGGAAUGGGGACGACCAGUUUUCACUCACGGCGACCUAAGCAGUAUGAACAUCUUGGCCCGUGGUGACGAUGUUGUUGGUAUCCUCGACUGGGAAACAGCUGCAUGGAUGCCAUCUUACUGGGAAUACACUUGCGCCUGGAAUGUCAACCCUCAAAAUCAAUUUUGGCAAAAGGAGGUUGACAGAUUUCUCACACCAUUGCUUUUUGAGGCAGAGAUGGAAACGAUCAGAGGAAAGUAUUUCGGUGAUUUCUAA